GAUAACGCCCAUGGCUUCCCCGUCCAUGGGCUCGCCGCCGCCGCCGCCGCCGCCGGUCGUCGAUCGAUGCUCUGGGCGAUACAUCUACGUCCACGACCUGCCGGGACGGUUCAACUCCGACAUGAUCAGCAGCUGCCGCACGCUUAGCAAGUGGACCGACAUGUGCCCCUUCGUGUCAAACGCCGGGCUGGGUCCCCGGCUCAACAACGCCGAAGGGGUCUUCUACGGCGCCGAGUGGUACGCCACCAACCAGUUCGCUCUCGAGCUCAUCUUCCACAACCGAAUGAAGCAGUACGAGUGCCUGACCACCAACUCCUCCCUGGCCUCGGCCAUCUUCGUCCCCUUCUAUGCCGGCCUCGACAUCGGCCGCUACCUGUGGGGUUACAACACUUCGGUGCGUGACGCCACAUCGAGGGACCUGAUCAGGUGGCUGAAGUCGAGGCCCGAGUGGUCGACGAUGGGCGGAAGGGACCAUUUCAUGGUGGCGGGGAGGAUCACAUGGGACUUCAGAAGGUUGACGGACGACGAAGACGACUGGGGAAGCAAGCUGUUGGUGAUUCCAGAGGGCAAGAACAUGACCGUGCUAGUCAUCGAAUCCAGUCCUUGGCACAAAAACGAUUUCGGAAUACCGUAUCCCACCUAUUUCCACCCUUCCAAAGACAGCGAGGUGCAGCAAUGGCAAGAGAGGAUGAGGAGGAUCAGAAGGCCUUGGCUGUUCUCCUUCGCGGGCGCCCCACGGCCGAACAUAACAGAUUCGAUUCGCAACGAGAUCAUCGGCCAGUGCCGGCAGUCUCGGCGGUGCAAGUUGUUGGAGUGCGACAACGGGCGGAGCAAGUGCCACUCGCCGAGCAGCGUCAUGGGGAUGUUCCAGCGAUCGAUCUUCUGCCUGCAGCCGCAAGGGGACUCCUACACGAGGAGGUCGACGUUCGAUGCGAUGGUCGCAGGGUGCGUGCCGGUGUUCUUCCACCCGGGGUCGGCUUACGCGCAGUACGUGUGGCACCUGCCGAGGAACCACAGCGAGUACUCGGUGUUGAUAUCGGAGGAUGAGGUGAGAGAUGGGAAGGUGAGGAUAGAGGAGGUGUUGGAGAGAUUUGGGAAGAAGGAUGUGAUGGCUAUGAGAGAAGAGGUGAUAAGGAUGAUACCGAGGUUGGUUUACGCAGAUCCCAGGACCAGACUGGAGACGACGAACGAUGCCUUCGAUGUGACCGUGGAGGGAGUGAUUCAGAGGGUGAAGGAUAUAAAGGGCGGAAGAGUUCCAGAUUUCAGCGAACAGGAGAGUUGGAAGUACGCACUGACGGGAAGAGGGGGAGAACACGAGUGGGAUCAUUUCUUCAACAGAACAACUCAGUAA